AUGAAUGGAGAAAUGAGCAGGGAGGAUGUAACCGAGCCGAAACUUGAAGAAAUUCUAAAAAUCUAUGAAAGAGCAACAACAGAGGGUUUAAUCCGUGUUUUCCUCCAGGUGCGUGUGGGGGCGGCCCCCCUCGCCACCCUCAGCCCCCGCUGCGUUCUCAAGGCAAGAUUUGAGGCGGAUUAAAAACCUAAUCCAGGGGGGUUGGGUCUGACCUGAAGGAAGGCGAGAGGCCUGAAUCCUAACCUGGCCCCACACCUGGCCCCAGCGUUCCCUGAACUCCCCGCAUUCGGGAAUUAGCGGUCUGGUUUGCAGCUGGCUGCCAUCAAGACGCCCCAAGGGGGAGCUGCGAGACCCUCAAAGGAUUCUCCCCGGACUCGGGAGACCCCACCUGGACCCCACCUCGCGCGAGCAAGGGCUCCCAAGGAGAGUCUCAGGUGUCAGUCUCAGAAGAUACGACCCCUUUAAAGAGAAAAGACUGGGGGGAGCGACCCAGCGAGCACGACAGCGUCACAAACCCCACGCGCGAGGUCUGAGCUCCCAGCCGACCCCCAGGUCCCCGCCCCCACGGCGCAGGCGCCGAUUGGCCAGCGCGGCCGCAGGGCGGGGCCCAUCCUUAAAGGGGCGGGAGCUAAGGGGGACCGUAGGCGGUGCCGGUGAUGCCGCGUGGCCGCGCGUGGACUUCUUCUACAUCUCUCUAAUGCCCGCCCCUGGUCCCAAGCCCAUGGAGCCCGCGCGAGACUACCCGCUGUUCGGGGGCGCCUUCUCCGCCGCUCUCCCUCCCGGGGCCCUUGACGUGAGCGACCUCCGACCGGUCCCGGACAACCAGGAAGUUUUCUGCCACCGCGUGACGGACCAGAGCCUGAUCGUGGAACUUCUGGAGCUGCAGGCCCACGUGCAGGGAGAGGAGGCUGCGCGGUACCACUUUGAGGACGUGGGCGGGGUGCAGGGGGCUAGGGCUAUGCAGGUGGACAAUGCGCAGCCCCUCGUUUUGGAGAACCUGGCUCUGAGGAACUGCUGUCAAGAAGCCUGGGUCCUGUCUGGCAAGCAGCAGGUAGUUAAAGAAAACCACCAGGUAGCAAAGGAUGUGACAGUGCACCAGGCUUUGCUGCGGCUGCCCCAGUACCAGACUGAUCUUCUGCUCACCUUCAAUGAUCCCCCGUUGUCUCUUGGUCCUGAAAAUCUGUCACUUCCGCCCUGGAGCCUGGGUGACUUUGAACAGCUGGUGACCAGUCUGACCCUUCACGACCCCAACAUCUUUGGUCCCCAGUAAAGAUGCUGAAACACUGCAUGAAGUUGUUCUAGCACAUGGGGACCUCAUUCUACAAGGGAAACAAGGGGUUGGAUAUUUACCCCUAAUUCCUUCCCUGUGCAUAAACAUGAGACACCUCCUGUCUGCAGAAAUAAACUCGCUUUAUAAUCAA